AUGAAUAGCCUCGAGGACCAGCGGACCGAUCGUGUCUCCACCCUCCAUCCAGCCCUGCCAGCGGGCGGCACGUUCCCAGGCCACACUGCCACCCCGACGCGUGCGCGGGUGCGUGAACGCCUCCGCAACCGUCUGCGGCGACGGUGGCUCUGCGGUUGCCAAAAUCUCCUGCUGAGAAGCCGUCGCGACAGGAGUACACAUUCGCCCGACUGCUUUGGUCUGUCCCCACAGCUACUCGACGUCCCAAAUUACCUUGCCGCCCUCAUCUUCGUUUCGAGUUUCGUUGCGGGCACCGUCUGGGUUCUGGCCGUCUGGUUGGCCUGGCUCGCGCGCUCGCUCACUACUCCAUGCGCGGGACUUUUUCGUGCGCAGUAA